UUUUUUUCUCCCAGUCCUCCUCACAAGGCGCUCUUUAAGCCCCGGUGUUGCCACACAGAGCAGCCAUUCAUCGGCUCUACAGUCAGCCACACACACUCCCAUGUUGAACCACUGGACAUCUAAAUUGGUGUAGCUCCUUUUGCUGGAUCGGUUUUCCAGUCGACGGUGGAAAAGGAUUUGGACACUUUUACGCAGCAGUAUGGCUUUGCAUGAGAAGAGUCAGCAGUAACUGGGAUCGCCGUAGACUCCAGACAACUUAUUCAGUUAAAUCAAUUACACUGAAAAGUUUGGACUUCCUCUAAAACCAAGUUUUGAGUUUGCGUGUAUUUUUGUCACUUGUUGAAAGUUAAAAAAAAAAAAAUGUCCGGCGAGGAGCACAGCCUGUCCGAGGCGGAACUGAGUCCCGGAGGGUCAGACGAUGGUCACUCACUGUCACCGACUCAGCCCGGAGCGCCACCCCGCCAGGACUCACCUCUGACCGGGCCGCCGCAGCAGCUCACCUCGCUGUGUGUCGCAGAUGGCAGCGAGGAGGACGGAGGCGAUAGAGCCAAGUCGGAGAUGGAGGACGAUCGCUUCCCGAUCGGCAUCAGGGAGGCGGUCAGUCAGGUGCUGGACGGGUAUGACUGGACACUUGUGCCAAUGCCGGUGCGCGUUAACAACGGAAACAAAGCGAAGCCCCACGUGAAGAGGCCCAUGAACGCCUUCAUGGUGUGGGCGCAGGCGGCGAGGAGGAAACUGGCCGACCAGUACCCCCACCUGCACAACGCGGAGCUCAGCAAGACCCUGGGCAAACUGUGGAGGCUGCUCAACGAGAGCGACAAGAGGCCAUUCAUCGAGGAGGCGGAGAGGCUGAGGAAGCAGCACAAGAAGGACUACCCGGAGUACAAGUACCAGCCCCGGAGACGCAAGAACGGCAAACUAGCUCCUGCCAGUGAGUCAGACAGCCAGGGGGAAGGGGAGGCCAGCCACUCCCAGUCACACUACAAGACCCUACAUUUGGAGCACAACGGCGGGGCUGGGUCUCCCCUGGGUGACCUGCACCACCACCACCAUCACCACCACCAUCCUGCUGGUCAGGGUCACAGCCCGCCCACGCCCCCCACCACCCCAAAGACAGAGCUCCAGUCUGGGAAACUGUCAGAUGCCAAGAGGGAGGGGGCAGCAGGAGCGGCUGGAGGAUCAGGGGGGUCCAGGGGAGGCCUCGGGGUGGGAGCUGAGGGGGGACCCGGUGGCCCGUCAUCAUCGAGCUCUAAACCCCACAUCGACUUUGGCACCAUGGACAUUGGUGAGAUCAGCCACGAGGUGAUGUCCAACAUCGAGCCGUUUGAUGUGAACGAGUUCGACCAGUACCUCCCUCCGAACGGCCACCCGCAGAGCGGAGCAGGGGCCUCCGCAGCCGGAUCCUCGGCCUCGUCUUACGCCUAUGCCCUGGCUGCUGCUAGCGGCCACUCUGCGUGGCUCUCCAAACAGCAGCAGCAGCCUCAAGCCUCCCCCUCGUCCUCCGACCCCUCCAAGGCCCAGAUCAAGAGCGAGUCUGCGGCCGGGAGCCACUACGCCGAGGCCUCGUCCUCUCCCUCCUCAGGCACCCAUGUCACCUACACCCCGCUCAGCCUCCCUCAUUAUGGAUCAGCUUUCCCCUCGCUGGCCUCCAGGGCUCAGUUCGAGUAUGGAGAGCACCAGGCCCCCGGGGCGUACUAUGCCCACUCGAGCCAGCCCCCGGGGCUGUACUCAGCCUUCUCCUACAUGGGCCCGACACAGAGGCCUCUGUACACGACCAUCGGAGACCCCUCCAGCGUGGCCCCCUCUCACAGCCCCACACACUGGGAGCAGCCUGUUUACACCACACUCACAAGACCCUGAGGGAGACCGACUGAGCAGAGGGAAAUAUGGGAAGUGUAUGAGUGCAUCUGUGUGUCUGCGUGAGUGCAAAUAUGUGAGCAUGUGAUUGUGCAUGUGUGUGUGUGCGUGUGUGUGUGUGUGCCUGUGCCAUAUUGAUGUUAGAGGUUUUUACUUUUUUUAGCCAAUAUAAUGCAAAGAUGCAUCCACGGAGGCCUUACACAGUUUUAAAAAAAAACAGCCACAAAUUCACACAAUAUAAAGUGUGAAUCAUGGGUAAACUGCCAAUCAAAAAUUAAAUAAACAUUAACAAAAUGUGUGCCAUCAUAAAUUUAUAAGUCGGGAUGUACAGUGAGGUGAGAGAGCGUGACGAGUGACUCUGAUUUGACCCAGAGACAACGGGUUUAGACUGAUGUAAUCAGAUUUUAUUAACCAAACUAAAGCAGAUGUUUUUGAUGUUAUUGUGUUAUUUUAUAUGAGUAGUAAGUUUAUUGUCGUUGUCGAUAUCCUAGGGUGUAACUUUAUUGUGACUGAUUUGAUAUUACACUAAUACAGCUGCACCACUGCUUUGGGAAAAGCAAAAUAAGAUGUUCCCUGCAUGGGUUUUUUUUUUCUUGUGGCCAGGAAAGGAUAGUUGCAACCUUUUUUUUUCUUUGUAGAUAGCACACUCUUCUGUCCUUUCAUUACACUGACUUCACUGAACUGAAGAAUUAAGCAUUUAAGGGGAAAAAUAGGAAAAAGAGAGGGAAAGAGAGCUCUUAUCAGCUUAGUCGUGGACACUUACCUCAACUCUGUUCAUUUUGUGCCAAUAGCAAAGGAGAAAUACGACAUUGGAUACCUGAUCAAAUAAUGCUGAAGGUAUUCAACUUGUCACAGCUCCAGUCUUCCUUUAUUUUGCUUUUUAACAUUUUGCUGAUUCGCAUUUGUUUUUAUUUUCCCAAUAACUGAGUUAAAAUCUAUAAGUACAAAGUCUCAACCAAAUCUCUUCAGAUAAUUGGCCAGCUUUGGGUCCUACUUAAGGAUUAGAAUCACAUGUACAACCGCUCUGCACUGCAUGUAGGCCAAAGCAUGUUUUCGUCUGUACAGGUUUUUUUUCUCCCUAUAUUGUUUCCAAAUAGUCCUCUUCAGCAAUGUGAAUAAUGGUCAUUACCACAGCCUUCACCUUUAUUAUGUGAUGCAUACCUUAUCAUUUUAUACUGACCCUCUUACCAUGUAGUUAUUAUUUUUAUGUAAGUAAUAAUGCAUUGUGUGUCACACCUUUGCUUCUUCCAUUUUGUAUAAUUCUGGAUAGUUUUGUAAAGUGUUUGCUAUACAUUCACUUGAGUAUUUUGCUUCCAUACAAGAAAAGCAAUGUUGAAAUUUUAUUGUUGUCAUCUAUUAAAUCAAUUUAUUUAUAAAAAAAAUAAAAAAA